AUGGAAUCCGUGGGGCGAGUGAAGAAGUCUCUGCGUGCGCCCAUCAAGAGACUUACCAGCUGUGUGAGCACCAUGAGCAAAAGGAAGUUGUGCGCCAAACGCUGGAACCACAGAGCUAGAGGUACCAGAGGAAGAGGAGGUUACGACAAAAAAAGGAAUGUCCCUCUUCGACGAACCCCCGUCAAAUAUCCGUCAGUACUUCGCUCCUACCAGGCCGACUUGGAGAAGGAGAGAAAGCUGCGUGAAGCCACGAAUGCUCAGAAAAAUGCCGAGAGAGCGGCCAUGAGGGCUCACUUCAGGAGAAAAUAUCAACUGGCAGAGAACUCCAAGGACACCAACCACCUGAGAUGCGCCGGCGGCAAGGUGUCGCUCCCCCGCGAGCUCUCCAAGCUGGUACGUCCCGACAACAAGAUGAAGGAUGACAGCUUUAAUCUGCUCAACGCCUUCCAAGGUCUCCGCUUGGGAACACUGACGGGGUCCAAAAACAGCAAAUACGCCACCACCGCCACACCCCGGAGAGGGCGUGCUUGUCAAGUCAUGUGA